AAGUAUUGACUUCUGAUCGGCGCGUGACCGCAUCCUCAGUCAAAAGUGACUGACGUGGCUUGUUGUAGAUGUUUUUGGUUAAACCCAUGUUAAUCGUAAACCCUUGGCUUUCUCUCCGUUGUUAACAAGUUCGUUUUGGACGUGAGUUUGUCGUCAUAACGAAGUGCAGCCGGUUAAGUCAUCACCAUGACCGGAAGGAACCCAGUGUUGGAUGUCGGGGCUUUAGUGGCGGAGGCGCGCCGUGUUUAUCGCGAGAACUUCGCUGAAGAUCCCCGAGUGGCGGUUUGCGCUCCGGGCCGCGUCAAUCUAAUCGGAGAGCACACCGAUUAUAAUCAAGGAUUUGUUCUGCCAAUGGCUUUGCAUUUGGUGACAGUCAUGGUGGGCAGCAGCACCGCCGGCCAGAGCUGUUCUGUUAUAACUGUUGCAGAAUCUGCAGAUGAGCCAAAGAGAGUGGACUUUAAUCUACCAACAGACAGCACACCUUUGACAGGAGGACAACCUGUCUGGGCUAAUUAUGUUAAAGGCGUGGUGCAACACUACAGAGCUCAGCCCCUGCCUGCAUUUAAAGCUGUAAUUGCCAGCAGUGUGCCACUGGGGGGUGGACUGUCCAGCUCAGCUUCUCUUGAAGUGGCAGUGUACACCUUCCUCCAGCAGCUGUGUCCAGAUGAUGGGGAUAAAGUAGCAAAGGCACUAGCAUGCCAGAAGGCAGAACAUACUCAUGCUGGAGUACCCUGUGGUAUUAUGGACCAGUUUAUUUCAGUGCUUGGCAAAGAGGGCCAUGCGUUGCUUAUUGACUGCAGAUCAUUGGAAGCCACUGCUGUUCCCCUGGCUGAUCCUGGUCUGGUCAUCCUUAUCACAAAUUCCAAUGUGAAGCAUGCACUGACAGGAAGUGAGUAUCCUAGCAGACGAAAACAGUGUGAGGAGGCAGCAGCCAUUAUGGGCAAGAGCAGUCUAAGACAUGCCACAUUGCAAGAUCUGGAGGAUGCCAAAGACCAAUUGGACAGUGUAACGUAUAGACGAGUAUGUCAUGUGAUUGAAGAGAUUGAGCGUACAACAAAGGCAGCUGAGGCUCUUAAAAGAGGAGCUUAUCAAGAGUUUGGAAAGCUAAUGGUGGAGAGCCACAAUUCCCUCAGAGACCUUUAUGAGGUGAGCUGUCCAGAGCUGGAUGUGCUGGUAACUGCAGCAAUGGAGGUUGACGGAGUCUUUGGGAGUCGUAUGACAGGCGGAGGGUUUGGUGGUUGUACAGUUUCAUUGCUUCAGUCUGAUGCUGCUGAGAGAACUAUGAAGCAUAUAAAGGAGCAAUAUAGUGGAUGCCCAACAUUUUACAUAACCACCCCAUCAGAUGGAGCUCGGGUCCUCAGUAUGUUUAAGGAGAAUCAGUAAUGAAGUCAAAAUGGCAUUUCAACAGCUAAACACAUAAGAAGGAAUUAAUUCAUAAAUCACAUGUCAUGGCAAAUAUUCCAAAUGGAAAAUCCUGAUUUAAUAUAAUCUUUCUAAUUGUAUACUUUUUUCAGUUUCACAAUAAAAAGGAGCAGUGUGUGUGCAUUUAUUUAUAAAA